GUAAUCAGGAAGUUUAACGUAUGUAUUAUUAGCCCCCUUUCCUUGAACAAGAGUCUCUCUUCCUUCUUCAAAUUUCCAAUUCAGUUUUUAUGUCUUCAAACAAACACUGAAAACCAAUAUACUCUCUAUUUCAUAACAGAAAAAUGGAGUACGUUAACAUUUUGCUAGGACUGUUAUUCGCCUGUUUCUUGGUUCGUGUAGUAUUCAUUUCACUUAGAAGAAGCAAAAGAGUUGCACCAGGUCCAUUCCCUUUGCCUAUUAUCGGAAAUCUUCACUUGCUUGGUGACAAACCUCACAUAUCACUUACUCAACUAGCAAAAAGAUAUGGUCCAAUUAUGAAUCUGAAAUUGGGGCAAAUAAACACUAUUGUCAUUUCGUCGUCCGUCAUGGCAAAACAAGUGAUGCAAAAGCAAGAUUUAGCCUUUUCCAAUAGGUUUGUUCCUGACACACUCCAUGCCUGUAAUCACUCUAAUUACUCUGUUACUUGGAUACCUGUCAACAACUCUCAGUGGAAAACAAUUCGCAAGAUUAUGAACACUCACAUCUUCUCAGGUAACAAGCUUGACGCUAAUAAGCAUAUUAGAACAAAAAAAAUCCAGGAGCUGAUUGAUUACUGUCACAAGAAUGGGGAAAAUGGUGGAGCAGUCAACAUCGGCGGAGCAACUUUCAGGACUUCCCUGAAUCUGCUUUCCAACUCCAUUUUCUCUAAAGAUUUGACUGACCCAUUCUCUAAUUCUUCUAAGGAUUUUAAGGAAUUGGUGUGGAACAUCAUGGUUGAGGCUGGUAAACCCAAUUGGGUCGACUAUUUCCCUUUUCUUCAGAAAAUUGAUCCACAAGGUAGAAGGCGACGCAUGACUGAUUAUUUUACUAAGGUUCUUCACCUUAUAAGUGGUUUCAUCGAUGAGCGGAUAAAGGAAAGGGAAAUGGGAAAUCAUGCAAAUGUUGAUGUGUUAGAUGCCCUUCUCAACAUUAGCCCUGAGGAAAUCGACAGGAAUCAUAUCGAGCAUCUCUGUCUGGACUCGUUUGUAGCAGGGACAGAUACUUCAUCAAAUACACUGGAAUGGGCAAUGGCUGAACUUCUCAAGAAUCCACAUACUUUGGAGAAAGUACAAGAAGAACUUGCACAAGUAAUUGGCAGAGGCAAACUAAUAAAUGAAGCUGAUGUUUCAAAAUUACCUUAUUUAAAGUGCAUCGUGAAAGAAACCUUUCGAAUACACCCACAAGUUCCUUUCUUAAUUCCCCGUAAAGCAGAGGAAGAUGUUGAGUUUUGUGGCUAUAUUAUUCCAAAAGACUCCCAGGUUCUUGUGAACGUAUGGGCAAUAGGGCGGGACUCUAGUCUAUGGGAAGACCCUUUGGACUUUAAGACGGAGAGGUUUUGGGAGUCAGAAAUAGAUGUUAGAGGUCAGGAUUUUGAGCUGAUUCCAUUUGGUGCUGGUAGAAGAAUUUGCCCUGGACUGCCUUUGGCUAUCAGGAUGAUUCUAGUCACGCUCGGUUCAUUGGUAAAUACAUUUAAUUGGAAGCUAGAUGGUGGAAUUGCACCUAAAGAUUUAGACAUGGAGGAAAAAUUUGGUAUUACCUUGGCAAAAACUCAACCUCUGCUAGCCAUCCCUAUUCCGUUGCAGCUGUUGGGAUAUUAAACUUAAGAUUUUAUGAAGUAGAUUAAGCAGGUGUUUUGCCAUGAAAAUUAAAUAUUGUUCAUUUUGUUUGGAAUUUUUAAUGUUGGAAGUUGUG